UUGCGGUUACACUUUAUUCAGUGCGAUUCAUAUAGGUAUAAGAGUUGUUUAACUCGUUUACAAUUUGUGGAUCGCAAUGAGGAAAACAAACCGAGCUUUGUACCGAAGUACUUUGCAACAACAAGCGAUCAAUGCUAUACUGCAGUCUUUCACGAGAGAGGUGGCGUUCCUUUAUCUCGGGGAACAUUUAAAGUUAGGCGACCGAGGUAACAGCUUGUUGCUGGACUUGAUCAAAACGAAAGAGCUGAAAGAAGUCAAGUUUGCCGACUGCCUUCUUAAAAAUGACGACUUAACGCAGAUUCGGAAUCUGUUAUGGGAAAAAACAGACAAACUAAUAUUUCGUGACAACACCGACGUUGGAGUAGAAGGCUGUGUGCUUAUCAAGCAUCUGGUGACGCAACGACCUGUCAAAGUGUUUUCAAUGUGGGAUUGUGACGUUGGACCAUCACAGCUUUCAUGCUUGAUACAAGGCCUUAUUGCAAUGAAAGGAGACGUGAUCGAAGAAGUUAAUCUUAGAGGUUCACACAUGAGUACUGAAUGCUGUAUUUUACUGAAACAACUUUUAUCUGCAAAACGAAUUAAGAAACUUGAUCUCGGCCACUGUCGGAUAACGAAUGAUCAACUAAUUUACUUGGCAGAUGGCCUGGAAGCAAUGACUGGCACCAUGGAAGUUCUCAAUCUUCGAGGAAAUCUCAUCAUGAGAUCCGAGGUAGAUACGUUCAAGGUGGCAACAAAGUUCAAAGUCAUUGAAGUCUCGUAUCGUAGCAACCACAGAAUAUAAAUUUGCAUAGUAGGG